UGACGUCACAGUCUCGCGAGAUGAGAUUGGUGACAUCUGGAUUAGCUGUCUGCAUGGAACCCGAGAGCUACAUCUGAAUGUUACCGGCGCUGCGGGACUUUCCAACAGUGAUGUGGGGGCUACGGGCUGUCUUAUGAAAAUGGGGACCUUUGGGCAGUAUGUGAAAAGGCAAAGAUUUCUUUAGGGAAACUGGCACACACAGUGAUUUGCAGGUGGGCAAAUGGAGCUGCGAACUACUCUGCAGUGAGAGGAAACUUGCUGUUGCACUACUGGGCAUUUACCUUUAUUUAUUAUGCCAGAAAACCCAUGGUAACCCCACAAUGAUACGAAUUGCGGCUUUAAAUGCAACAUCUGUCGUGGAAGAUGAACAGGAGGAGACUUUCAAAAGUCAUAAAACACAAACUAAAGAGGCCCAGGAAGCUGAGGCAUUUGCACUUUACCAUAAGGCCCUGGACCUUCAGAAGCUUGACCAGUUCGAUGAGUCUUCACAGGCCUAUCACCAGUUACUGGAGACCCGUCUUUUGCAGGAGGCAGUCCCAUCAAGUGAUGAAAAAGAAGGCCUUAAACAUCCAGGGCUAAUGCUAAAAUAUUCCACUUACAAGAACCUGGCUCAGCUAGCUUCGCAAAGGGAUGAUCUAGAGACAGCUAUGGAAUUCUACAUUGAGGCUGUGAUGCUGGACUCCACUGAUGUCAAUCUGUGGUAUAAGAUUGGAUGCUUAUCAUUGCGUUUGGUACGCAUUCCACUGGCACGGCAUGCAUUCGAAGAGGGAUUGCAGUGUAAUCCUGGACACUGGCCCUGCCUGGAUAAUUUGAUCACAGUCUUGUACACACUCAGUGAUUACACUACUUGCCUAUACUUUAUCUGUAAAGCUCUAGAAAAGGACUGCCGUUACAGAAAAGGGUUGGUGCUAAAGGAAAAGAUUUUUGAAGAGCAACCUUGCCUUAGAAGGGACUCUUUUCGCAUGUUUCUCAAAUGUAACAUGUCCAUUCAUGAAGUAGAUGUAAGUGAUGGGGAGGCAAGGAAAAUUGUAGAGGAAGCUAUGGAGUUGCGCAGACAAAGGCAGGCCCUAAGUGUGCGAAAGCAGGAACCUGAUCUUAAACUGGUGCAGCCUAUACCAUAUUUCACGUGGAAGUGUCUCGGGGAAAGCUUGCUGAAUAUGUACCGGCAUCUGAUUUCAUGUGAGCCCCCACGCCCAAGCCUAGGAAAGAGGAUUGACCUUACGGAAUACAAAGACCCCGCAGUGCUCCUUCAACCACCCCCUGCCAGUUCCCCUACAAAUGUAACUGUUGAUCCGCUCAUGAUCUCCACUCCUCCAACACCAGUAUCAGUCAUAGAGAUGCCAUCUGUGUUACCCACAGCUACACCCCCUGCGUCAUCCAGCAAUAUCAUUGAUGCUCCAGCAGUGCAUGAUUCAUCCACUGGUGAUAAAACUAAGAAGGGGGUGAAGAGGAAGAAAAUAUCGGAGGAUGCAGGGGAGACAGCAAAGAGACGCUCUGCCCGUGUGCGCAACACCAGAUGCAAAAAGGAAGAAAGGGUGGACUUUCAAGAACUGCUACUGAAGUUUUUGCCUUCCAGGCUUCGUAAAUCAGAUUCUGAAGAAGAGGAUGACCCUUUUUGCAGUUUUGAAACGCAGUCUGAAAUGAAACAAGAAAACUUUGCACAUACUGGAGAUAACACAAUGCCUUUUGACUCAACAACCUUUAUGGAAUCAGAAAAACAAGAUGUACAUCACUUCUUGCUCGAUAAUAUGGAGAAUGGGGGCAUCUUGGAGCUAAUGAUGAGGUAUCUGAAGGUCAUUGCUCAGAAAUUCCUUGUGAAGUGGCCACCAGGGCUUACAGAUGUUGUCCUUAGGAUCCACUCCAAUUGGAGGAAGCACAGCAGUGGCCUGCCCAAUCCUUUGCUCAGGGACUGCAAGGACCAGCAUAUCAGAGACAUGAUGGUAAUGAGUCUCACCUGCAUGGAGCUUCAGCUGGAUCAGUGGCUUCUGACUAAAAUGAAGAGCUCAACAGUGUCUCCUCGAAAGUGCCCUGCUGGAUUUACCAUGGAAUACUUUGGAGCAGACUUUCCAGGUACUCAUUACCUAGAGGACCAGAUGCUUAUGGGCUUUGGUGCCUCUCAGCGAGAUCUGUUCACAGAUGGAUGGCUAAAUUACAUUGUGCGUUUUUACUGGCUAAAGGCUCGCUUCUUGGCUUUGCAGGGAGAUGUGGAACAGGCUUUGGAAAACUUUGAUAUCUGCACUGAUUUGCUCCAGAGCUCAGAGGCUAAAGAAAAGCGAACACAGGGUGAGGAAUCCUUGGUUUUUAGGCUGCCCAACCUGCAACUUGAUUCUGUACUUUCUGUGGAGGAGAUUGAGAACAGUCUUAAAUCCCUAGAAAGGUGCCAGUCUCUGGAGGAAAUUCAGAGGCUGCAUGAGAUGGGGGACUUCAGUUCAGUGGUGCGCUUACUGCGGCCUACUCUCUGUAUUAGUGCGUAUAGCCGAAAUAAGCACCUUGACUUCAUUACAUCAGCCCCAGAGAGACCAGAACAGCUGCUCCUCAUGCAGGACUCGCUACUGAAGCUAGAAGACUUUAAACAGUGUUUUGAGUGCUCAGAAGUUGCCUUGAAUGAAUCAAUCCAGAAAAUGAUGAACCUGACGUCAACCACAGCUAAAGAGGAAUGGGUUGCCACAGUAACACAACUUCUUACAGGGAUUGAUCUGUCUUUGUCAUCUGACAGCAGUAUCCUGCAGGAGCCCACUCUGACACCAAAGCUGAUCCGCCUGAGCAACAACCUCAUACAGGCAAUUGAUUGCAGUAUGGCCAUACAGGAGGAGCACAAAGAACCUUCUGUUUCCUCUGUGCUUCCUUGGAUCACCCUGCAUAGAAUCAUCCAGUACGAGGAGGAAGCAUUCCACUCCAUGUGUCUGCAACAGUGCAUCGGUAAUACAAAGGAAGGGAAUCCUAACACACCAAUGUUGCCAUCAUCUCUCAUGCUUCUGAACACAGCCCAUGAGUAUCUUGGUAGAAGAUCCUGGUGUUGUAACUCAGAUGGAGCCCUUUUGAAAUUUUAUGUACGUGUGCUGCAAAAGGAACUGGCUGCCUCCACCAUUGAAGACACCCAUCCUUACAAAGAAGAGUUGGAGACUGCAUUGGAGCAGUGCUUCUACUGUCUCUUUGGCUACCCUAGCAAGAAAAGCAAAGCUCGCUACCUUGAGGAGCACUCUGUGCAGCAGGUGGAGUUGCUAUGGGAAGAUGCUGUUAUCAUGUUUGAAUAUUUCAGACCAAAAACUCUUCCUGAAUUUGACAGCUACAAAACCAGCACUGUAUCAGCUGACUUGGCUAACUUGUUGAAGAAAAUGGGAUCCAUUAUACCCCAAUCAGAAAAGCCUAAGCUGAGCAUGGAAAGCGUGUCUGCUUAUAUUGAGGGCACAGGUAGUAAGGUACCAGCACUGCCAGAAGGAGCAGAUCUUUCUCCUCUAGUACUGAAUGAACUGUAUUAUUUGCUUGCUGAUUAUCACUUUAAGAACAAAGAGCAGUCAAAGGCUAUUAAAUUCUAUAUGCAUGACAUAUGCAUAUGCCCAAACAGGUUUGACUCCUGGGCUGGUAUGGCCCUUGCACGAGCAAGCCGUAUCCAAGACAAAUUAAAUUCAAAUGAACUAAAGAGUGAUGGCCCAAUCUGGAAGCACUCCACUCCUGUCCUGAACUGCUAUAAGAGGGCGCUUGAAAUUGACAGUUCAAAUCUGUCUCUGUGGAUUGAGUAUGGUUCUAUGUCCUACACGCUGCACACCUUUGCCUCCCGCCAGCUGAAACAGUUACUUAAAGAGGUGUCUCCUGAUAUGGUGGCUCAGUUAAAAGACCGGCGGGACAGCAUGCUAGAGACAGCCAAACAGUGCUUCACUUCUGCUUCACGCUGUGAGGGAGAUGGGGAUGAAGAAGAAUGGCUGAUUCACUACAUGCUAGGCAAAAUCUCAGAAAAACAAAAGCUAGCCCCAGAGAUUUAUCUUCAGCACUACAAACAGGCUGCUCACUACUUGCAUGAGGAAGCUGCUCGUUAUCCCAAAAAAAUACAUUACCAUAAUCCUCCGGAGCUGGCUAUGGAAGCACUUGAGGUAUAUUUCCGCCUCCAUGCUUCUGUCCUAAAGCUUCUGGAGAAACCUGAGCAAGGAAUAGAUGCAAAAAUGUUGUUCACAUUUAUGAAGGAAGCCUCGGAGGGCCCUUUUGCCAGGGGAGAGGAGAAAAAUACCCCAAAAGUUGCAGAAAAGGAGAAACCAUGCACACUUGAUGACGACUCUCAUUCAUCAGCUGGGACGAUGCCGGGUCCUGGGAAUUCCAUUCCUUCCUCCUCUGGUCCAGGUCUGACAUCUCCACCUUACACAGCUACACCGAUUGACCACGAUUACAUCAAAUGUAAACCCCCCCAUCAGCAGGCCACGCCGGACGAACGGAGCCAGGACAGUAUGCCAGUCAUCUUGUCAGACUCCAGCUCCACACAGGAUACAUUCACAGAGCCUGCAAGUUCUCAGGACAGCACAAAGCGACUGUUCUCAGAAAAGAAAGCCAGCUGCCCAUACACUGCACUUCAUUUCCGGGAGAUUCCACCACCAGCUGAUGAAAGAGGAAAAACUGAAGAGCACAUGGAUAACCCUGACAGUUCUAGCACAACAGAGUUGAAAAUGCACCAUGAAUCAUAUAUCUCCGUUACAUGUACAACUCCAGUCAGGAACCUGCCCCCUCCUUUUCUAACGGGAGAUAAGAAGAAGCCAGAAUCUUUAGGGGAUGUGUCAGAGUAUCCCCAAACACUUCCUGAAGGAUUAGAAGAGCAGCGCAAAGUUCUGAUCGAGCAGUGCAUCAACUCCUUCAAGUUGUGUCUGAGCCGCUUUCCUCAGCAUUACAAGAGUUUGUACAGGUUAGCUUACCUGUAUAUCCACAGCAACACUCACCAGAACCUGCAGUGGGCCAGAGAUGUGUUGCUAGGCAGCAGUAUCCCGUGGCAGCAGCUGAAGCACAUGCCAGCACAGGGACUCUUCUAUGAGAGGAACAAGACCAAUUUCUUCAAUGGAAUCUGGCGAAUCCCUGUGGAUGAAAUAGAUCGCCCUGGCAGUUUUGCUUCACAUAUGAACCGCUCCAUUGUGCUGCUUCUGGAAGUUCUGGCUCAACUGAAAGACUCCAAUACGCUGUUCAAACUCUCGUGCAUGCUUCAAAGGACCCCCGACCAGGGGAAGAAAUAUUUGCGGGAUGUGGAUCGCCAGGUCUUGGCGCAGAGAGCUUCCAUACUUACCGUGAAAGUAUUAGAGGACACUCUGAGUGAACUAACUGGGGAUCUGUACAGUUCGGACCCCAGCUUGUUCCCGCCAGUUUCCAUGACAACAGACGUGUCAGGCCGGCCUGCAUCAGAGGACCGGAAAGAUGUGCCACCAAGGAAAAGCUCAAUGCUGUGUGAAGGUGUGGCCUCAGGGCCAGAGAAUGGAGGCAAAGAGAAAAUACAGGACUCUACCCCUCACACCAUGGAGACAGGGGAACCCAGGAGUAUUAAGGAGUCAGUUAAUACUCAGAUACCUGAGCCUAUGGACCAAGAUUUGCAUUUUAGUGAUGCUGGGAGACGAGGAGAGAACCAACAGAAAGAAUUGCCCAGAUCCCUAAAAGACAAGGGCCCUGAGGGCACAGAACUGUCAUUGGAAGAACUGAGCAUUAGCUCUAAACAACAGCAGCCUGCUGGAAGCCGAGUCUCCAUGCCUCCUCACAGUGAGGAUCCUCCACCAAGAGCUAGCCGCAAACGUAAGCUCCUGGAUGAUACUGAGAGUAGCAAAAAUCUGCUGUUGGAGGCCUACCGUGUGUGGCAGCAGGGCCAAAAAGUCACAACAUAUGAUAUGGGGAAGAUUGAAAAAAUCAUGUGUAAAACCUACAUGCUGAUCAAACAGGUGGAUGAAGGAGCCGUGCUAGAGCAAGCUAUCAAAUUUUGCCAAUUACAAAUGGGGACUGCAGCCCAGAAACAGCCGCUCUGUGAUACUCCUAGCACUCCAAAGAGCAUCAAGGACACACGGGACAUCUCCUUUCCUCUUCCAGCUGUGUCAGUACAGCUUACUCCCCUCAACCUGUCCUCUGUCAGUCCCGAGAACCUCCUGCGUCUGACUGAACACCAAGCAAAAAUAAAGACACCACCAGCCACCACCUGCCCCCAGCCUGAGGCUGCCCGUGGGCAAAGCUCAAAAAUCUGCACUGCCAUGGCACAAGUAACCCGAGAAGGUGAACAAACAGAAGACACUUCAGGGUUUCCUCAUCAUGAUUCCCGACUCCAACUAGUGAAAGCUACAACUGUUAGCACUACAGCAGACCAUUCCCCAUGGCAGUCAGAACCUGUAACAAGCACAGCAGCCUUUGCAAGUUCCAGUCGCACAGACCCAGCAUGCAGCUCCAAGCCUACAACAGAUGCAGGUGUCCAGUCCAGUAAAGGGGACAGUGUACGUAAUAAAGCCCGGGUCCCACCCCACGUGCCAAAGCUCUUCAUUCCUUCCUCCGCCAUUACCAAAUUUCCUCCAGAGAUCACAGUGACACCCCCAACCCCAACUCUCCUGUCACCGAAGGGAAGCAUUUCUGAGGAGACCAAACAGAAACUCAAGUCGGUCAUCCUGUCUUCUCAAUCUGCUGCCAAUGUGAAGAAAGAGACUCUGUGCCAGCCAGCCCUCGAAAUCCUGGACACUUCAAGCCAGGAGUCAUCACUUGAGAGUGACACAGAUGAGGAUGAUGAUUAUAUGGACAUUUAAAGACUGCACGGUGCUUGCAUUUUACCAUCUUGCAACAGAAAAGGCUGCACUCUAUGCUUGCAUGUUACAGCUCCCGGCAUGUGGAUUGCUUUGCAGCUGCCCCAGUACAGCCACUGUGUCUUAUGUGGACUUUCUCUUUUGUCUGUGGCUGUACAACGAAAGGUCAGAAGCACUCAGAAUGUCUUCAGUCUCAUUUCAUCCAGGGCGUUUCAAAUUUGUUAGUUGCAAAAAUCCCAACGCACAGACACUCCUGAGACACAGAAGAAGGAAUCUGACAUAAGAGUUGACUUUGUUUCUAUUGCAACCUUGUUUUUUAAUGUCCCAGAACAAGAUCAUUCCUGAAUGACCAGGCUUUGGCAGGCUCUUUGCUGUGGAUGCACCUGGCUCCUGAGGCUCAUGUGGUUCAGCAGGACAGACAUGUAACUUGUGCCCAUCCCAAAAGGCUUUAUAGACUUCUUUAAAGCUAUGUUUUUUACAGAAUGUGAAGUUUGUAAAAUAAAAAAAAAGUUUAAAUUGGGGGGAGGAAGUGAAGCAACAAUAAUAUCACAAAGGAUUCUACACCAGUUUUCUAAUAAAAUGGUCAUAACAA